AUGCGCCGCCCAUGGUCCUUUGCAGUUGCUAGGCCCGACAAGCGCCCACCAGCAUCCAAGUCCUCCGAACAGACUCCACUUCUUCAAGACUAUCAAAGUACAACAGUUUCGAAGGAAUCUCAUGCGAGUUCUUGGGCUUCUUUGCCCAACAAAGGGCGACUUGCCGUCAUUGUCUUUGCCCGGUUAGCAGAGCCAUUGAGUGAGCGUUCUUUGACAUCAUAUCUUUUCUUCCAAUUACAAUGGUUCAAUCCGGACCUCGAUCCUUCCGAGAUUCCAAAGCAAGCUGGUUACCUUACUGCUGUUUUUGCAGCUGCGCAGUGCAUCACAUCCAUCUGGUGGGGUCAUGCUGCAGACAACCCUCAACUGGGCCGCAAACGGGUUUUGUUGAUUGGGCUCACUGGCUCAGCGAUGUCUGCUUUGGGGAUGGGCUUCUCACGGUCUCUAGCGGCCGCAUUCUUCUUUCGAUUUUGUGCUGGAGCCCUUAACGGGAAUGUUGGUGUGCUUCGCACAAUGGUUUCUGAAAUUGUUGUCAAUAAACGACACCAAUCUCGAGCCUUUCUUCUCCUGCCGAUGUGCUUCAAUGUCGGUGUCAUCAUAGGGCCACUUCUGAGUGGUUUUCUAGCUGACCCCGUCCAUACGCUGCCGGGCACUUUUGGACCAGGCACCUUUUUUGGCGGCGCCGAUGGCGUUCGAUGGCUUCAAACCUUCCCAUUCGCCCCCCCAAACUUACUAUGUGCUGUCAUAUUGGCCACGGCAGCGUUGAGUAUUAUAGUUGGAUUAGAUGAGACUCACCCCCAACUACGACAUAAAUCAGAUAUCGGACGCAAAUUCGGCAAGCAUAUGACACAAAAAGUUCUGAAGCUUUGGUCGCCGGACCACCAAUACGACCAACUACCUAGCCAGGCUCCCGCAGUACCAAUUGGUCCGUUUCUGGACGAGGAGGCGGAAGCAACCCCCAUCAUUCUUAAAGAAAGAACAAGAGUUCCAUUCCGGAAGGUUUUUACUAGAGCUGUCUGUCUGAACAUGCUACAGCGCUUCCUCCAGUCUCUGCAUGUUUCAGCCUUCAACUCGAUCUUGUUCAGUCUUCUGCCCACUCCCAGGGCCGAUAAUAAUAGCGCCCAUUUACCGUUUAGAUUCAGUGGUGGCCUUGGCCUCUCCAGUAAGAAAAUUGGCCUGGCCAACACGACUAUUGGCAUGAUUGGAUUGCCACUCCAGCUACUUGUCUACCCCAGACUUAUUAACAUUUUCGGCGUCAGAGGCUCGUACCGCGUGUUCUUGCCACUCAGCAUCGCCGCAUACUUUGCCUUACCUUACCUCGUUCUGUUGCCUUCUGACGUUGGCUUAGGGUUUGUCGGUGGUUCUGACGAUGCAUGUAUUAGCCAGGACAUUUGUCAACCCGGCGACUAUGAUGCUCGUCAAUGA